AUGCCUGCGCGCACCCGUCAAGGUCCCUCGGCCGCGACAACGACGGCAACGACGACGACGGAAGAACAAGUCGUGGGCCAGCCCGAAGCCGAAGAAACGCCCGAAGAACAACCAAGAACAUCCAGCGGCGGCCUCCGCAAACUCAAAUUCAAUGAACCGAUUACCUGGCGCGUGGGUCGGGCCGCGAUCCCCAUUGCGGAUCUGCUGCAGCGGCUGCAGACGCUCGCGCAGGAGCUGAGGAAGAUGGAGCAGGAGGAGGUUGAGACAGAAUCGUUGACCAAGGUUGCUCAGGAGCUGGCGACGCCGCAAUUAUUGGGGCAUAAGGAUAAGGGGGUGCGCGCGUGGGCGGGGUGUUGUAUUGUGGAUGUUUUGAGGCUUUGCGCGCCGGAUGCGCCGUUUACAGGGAAUCAGCUUAAGGAUAUCUUCACGUGCAUUGUGUCGUCGAUUAUUCCGGCCCUGGCAGACCCGUCGCAUCCUUACAAUGCUCAGCAUAUCUACGUCUUGAAUUCUCUUGCGGAAGUGAAGAGUGUGGUGCUCAUGACAGAUCUCGACCGCCCAGAUUCGUUGAUUGUGCCGCUUUUUACCACCUGCUUUGAUAUCGUCUCGGGUUCGUCCAAGGCGUCUACGGGAGAAGAGAUCGCUAAAAACGUGGAAUUCGAUAUGACGCGCCUCCUUGUGACGGUUAUCGAUGAGUCACCUGUUCUAGCGCCUGAGGUGGUGGAUGUUAUUGUGGCCCAGUUCCUUCGCGUGGAUCCCCGUGCGCUCGAGAACCCCAGCAGGAAAGGAAAGAAGCAGGAUACGCCGAUUGACGCUAAGCAGGGCACACUGCUGUUGAAGGAUUACCCAUCUGCCUACAACAUGUCCAAGGCAAUCUGUCAAGCCUGUCCGGAUCGCAUGACGAGCCAUAUCAGUCAGUAUUUCAACAACGUUAUUAUCGAUGCUUCGGCUGGCGCUGGUGCGAACGGUACAAAAUCGAGUCGGAGACCCAACCUCGAUGAUUCCGACGAAGAAGGGGAGGACAUUAAGGAGUUGAGCAAAGCACAUCGUCUGAUCCGCGAGCUCUGGAGAGCGUGCCCGGAGGUACUACAAAACGUGGUCCCGCAGUUGGAGGCAGAACUUUCAGCAGAGUCAGUAUCCCUACGUCUGUUAGCCACGCAGACUAUCGGUGACCUUACAGCGGGCAUCGGGGUUGCUGGUCCCCCCCCUCCGCCUCCAAUGGAUCCAGCUGCAUAUCCUCAGGUGACCUUAAUGGGGUAUGCGCAAUUGACUCCUCAGACCAGCGUCCUUCUCACACCUUUUUCUCCUAAGCCAUUUUCUCAGACCCACUCGUCCUCCUAUGAGAGCUUUUUGAGCCGGCGUCUCGACAAGAAUGCUUCCGUCCGGGGAGCUUGGGCAACCGUUGUGGGACGGAUUUUGUUAACAUCUGCCGGUGGUUCGGGUUUAAGUGAGGGCGAGGAGCAGACGCUAAUCAAUAACCUGGCAACGAUGCUUCGUGACGCUGAUGAGAAGGUCCGUGUGGCAGCCGUGGAUGCUGUUGGCAUCUUUGGUCUUUCUCAUGUGGUCUACAAGCUGGGACUCAACGGAGGUUUUUCAUCCGAUAACUCGAUCCUGUCGAUCCUCGCAGAACGAGUGAAGGACCGGAAACCUCAGGUGCGGGAACAUGCGAUGAAGGCAAUCGCUCGAAUGUGGGCCGUUGCGGCGGGCGAGAUCGAGCAGAACAAUGAGCAAGUGGUCUCUCUGCUGAAUGAUGGACCGUCGAAGAUCUUUGAUGCUUAUUACACCAAUGACCCGGAUAUCCAUGUCACGAUUGAUAAGGUGCUUUUUGAGAUCCUCAUCCCGCUUCACUACCCUCCUAUCAAAUCUAAGUUUUCGCGGACUACUUCGACCCAGUCGCAAAAGCAAAGAGAAUCACAGUCGCAGGCUUCAGAGGGCGACGGCGAAACCGAUACUGAUAAGAUUCGAGCUCGUCGCAUUCUUACAUUGCUCGCGGGAUUGAAUGACAAGGCGAAGAAGGUCUUUUUCGCGAUGCAGGCUAGACAGAUGUCUAUGAGGACGCUCAUGACAAUGUACCUCCAAGCCUGUGAGGCCUAUAAUGGCGGCGUGAUUGAAAAAGACGAAGCAAAGGUCAAGGCUCAACUCAGCCGGAUGGUCGAUGCCCUGGCAAAGGCCUUCCCCGACUCAUCGCGGGCGUCGGCAGAUCUGUGGAAAUUCGCCAAGGUGCACGACCGGCGGAACUAUCAGCUGUUCCGCUUUGCCAUGGCUGCGCACACUGACUACCGCACUGUCAUCAAGGCGAUUAAGGAGCUGAUAAGGAGAGUUCAGAAUUCAAACAAUGCUGCUCUCCUCGAGACUCUGACGCCGCUCUUAUACCGCAGCAGUUCUCUUAUCUUCAACAGGAGCCACAUCCCCGCGAUUAUGAGCCUUUCGAGGACGGACGAGAAUGGGCUGGCAAACCCGGCACAGGAGAUGCUCAGGGAAAUCUCGUCGCGCAAUCCUGCAGUACUCGAAGCACAAGUCCAGGAGAUGUGUAAGGAUUUGGAGUCACAAGCGCCGACGGAGAAAUCAAGCAACGAUGCUGGUACGGAGGAAAUUCUCAAGGCCUGUUCUGGGUUUGCGAAGAAGCUUCCCGAUAAGCUUCCUAAAGAUCGUAAGUUCUUGCAGGCUUUGGCAAACUAUGCACUUUACAGCUCGUCGCCUCGUGCUGCCAAGCAUGCUGUUACUAUUCUCAUAGCAACCGCGGAGAAAAAGGAGAUGUAUGUGAAGGACUUGCUGCAGAAGUGCGUCUCAGACUGGACCUACGGCUCUGAUAGAUUCCUCACCAAGUUGGCUACCUUGUCCAAGUUGAACCACCUUGCCCCUCGGGAAGCGGAUGAGGAGAAGGAUGCUAUCGUCUCGAUUGCUAUUGACCAGAUUCUCCUUUCGAAUCGGUCUCCAGAACCAGAUUCUGGUUAUAAAUGGCCUAAUACCGUUGACGAGGAAACUACCGCCAAGGAGUGGGCGCUGAAAAUUAUUGUCAACCGUCUCCGGGCCAAGAGGAGCACCGAUGAUGAAGAUGCUUUCCGUGCGCAGGCAGAGCCUGUUUAUACCACAUUAAACAAGCUGGUCGCUAAUGAGGGUGAGCUGUCCAAGAAGAAGGACACGCCAGCCACGCAAAAGCCACGAUUACGUUUGGCGGCUGCCAAGUCGUUGCUCAAGCUCUGUGCAUCUCACAGUCUUUGCGAUCACCUUCUUGCCCCUCAAGACUUCAACUCGAUUUCACUAAUCGCUCAGGAUCGGAUCCCGUUCGUGAGAAGUGGGUUUAUCGAACAGCUUAAGAAGAAGCUUAUCCAGAACUCCUACCUAAGCCACCGCUGGUAUAUUGUUCCGUGCCUGCUUGCUUUCGAACCAGAUGUGAACCUGAAAGACAGCACCCUCACCUGGCUGCGGUCUCGCGCGGCGUACUUCUCGCAGCAGGUACAAGCCAGUGGAAAGAGGAAUGAGCAGCAGAUGGUCAUGGAGUCUAUUUUCUCCCGCCUCUUGUCUCUUCUUGCUUAUCACCCUGACUACCCGCCUGCGGAUCUCGACGAGUCGACAAAACUCGCUGAUCUUACCGAUUUCGCACGCUACAUCCUCUUCUACCUCUCCGCCGUUGGCAACGAGCGGAAUCUAUCGCUGAUUUUCCACGUCGCUCAGCGCGUCAAGCAAACGCGGGACGGCAUCACCAAAUCCGACGAGAUCACAACCCGUCUCCACACCCUCUCCGACCUAGCCCAAGCAACCAUCCGCCGCUUCGCCGACAUCUAUUCCCAACAGCACAAAUUCGGCGGAGCAAGCGGCGGCACCAACAUCCUCCAAACGUACCCGGGCAAGAUGGGCGUGUCCAGCUCUCUCUUCGCGCCAAUGAGCAGCCACCGCGAAGCGCAGGAAGUAGCAGAGAAGAACUUCCUCCCCGAUGAUUUCGACGACGUGCUCGACCGGUUCGUGAAGUCCGUCAUGAAGCCACGGGGUGGUAUCCAGGGCCAGGCUAAGAAGAGGAAACCCGAGCAUAACGAUGCGAAUGGGGACUCUACCACGAAGAGGAGAAAGUCGGAUACCCAGAAACCGGCACGAUCUGCCCGGAGGACGUCUGGUACUACACCGUCCAAGGCGCCUAAGCGGAAGAAGAGCGAUGAAGAUGGAUGGUCUUCUGAUGAUGGUGGAAAGACUAGGAAGGAGACGUCUGCUCGGAGACGGAGUAGCCGGGGGACUGCUACUAAGGGGGUCAGUUAUGCUGAUCGGGAUAGCGAUGAAGAUGAUCAGGAGAUGGAUGAUUGGGAGGGGCAAGAAGAUGGAGGCGAUAGUGACGAGGACGAGAACGAGCAAGGUGGCAGUGAUGCCGAAGGACAAAACGGAGAGGAAAAAGAGAAGGCAUCUAAAAACGGUGAUGACAAUGACGGUGAUAAGCAAGUGGAAGACGCCGACGCUGCUGAGGAAGAGGCAUCACCUGAACCUGCACCUGCACCGGCGAAGUCUUCGAAGGGACGAGGGAAAGCUGCGGCAACUAAGAAGGGUAGUGCGACGAGUUUACCGACGAGGAGAUCGUCUCGACGGUGA